AUGGAUGACGCAGCCGUCCUCAAGCGACGAGGCUACAUCAUGGGGAUAAAUUUGGGAGAGGGCUCGUAUGCCAAAGUCAAGUCGGCUUAUUCCGAGCGCCUCAAGUUCAACGUGGCGGUGAAGAUCAUCGACCGCAAGAAAGCCCCCACGGACUUCUUAGAGAAAUUCCUUCCCAGGGAAAUUGAGAUCCUGGCCAUGCUCAAUCAUCGUUCUAUCGUCAAGACCUAUGAGAUCUUUGAGACGUCGGACGGCAAGGUCUACAUCGUCAUGGAGCUCGGGGUCCAGGGCGACCUGCUCGAGUUCAUCAAGACCAGGGGCGCCCUGCACGAGGACGAUGCCCGCAAGAAGUUCCACCAGCUCUCCUCAGCCAUCAAAUACUGCCACGACCUGGACAUCGUCCACCGCGACCUCAAGUGCGAGAACCUCCUCCUCGACAAGGACUUCAACAUCAAGCUGUCCGACUUCGGCUUCUCCAAGCGCUGCCUGCGGGAGGACAGCGGCCGGCUGACGCUGAGCAAGACCUUCUGUGGGUCCGCCGCCUACGCGGCCCCCGAGGUCCUGCAGGGCAUCCCCUACCAGCCCAAGGUCUACGACAUCUGGAGCCUGGGCGUGAUCCUCUACAUCAUGGUCUGCGGCUCCAUGCCCUAUGACGACUCCGACAUCAAGAAGAUGCUGCGCAUCCAGAAGGAGCAUCGCGUCAACUUCCCGCGCUCCAAGCACCUGACGGGCGAGUGCAAGGACCUCAUCUACCGCAUGCUGCAGCCGGACGUCAACCGGCGCCUGCACAUCGACGAGAUCCUCAACCACUGCUGGGUGCAGCCAAAGGCCCGAAGUCUGCCCGCCGGGGCCAGCAACAAAGAGGGGGAGAGCUCCCGGACCCCUGACACUCUGGGGGUCCCUGAUGCCACCACCAUUGACAAACAUUCUGCCACCAAGGUAGAGGCACGAGAGGAGGCUGCGCCCAAGAUCAACCCUGAGGUGGCGGCCGUGGCAGCAGCAGCGGCAGCGCCGGCAGUGGCAUCGGUGGCGCUGGAAGUGUCUAAGCAGCCCGAGAACAUGGCCUUUAACAACAAGCCGUCGGCCAUUGAGGCCACCAAGGAAGAGGCUGCAGAGUCUGCACAGCAGCAGCCUCCAGAGACAAACGGCCCAUGA